AUGGCAAAGGUGCACCCCGACGCGGUCGUGGUGCUGCCAGAGGCGCCGGCUGCUGGCCACUCGCGGCCCGUAGGAACUGGGGCCGAGGAGGAGGAGCCGCCGCCGGAGGCCACGGCGCUGACGGUGUGGCGCAAGUCACUGCUCUUCAACUGCGACGGCUUCACUGUCUUCGACGCCACCGGCGGCCUCGCCUUCCGCGUGGACUGUUACGGCACGUCCGGUCGCAGGCGCCGCCACGCGGAGGACGUCGUCCUCAUGGACGCCGCAGGGGUCCCGCUCCUCACCGUGCGGCGUAGAAGGCUCAGCCUGGCAGAGCACUGGGUCAUCUACGACGGCGACGGCGGCGAAGCCGACGCCCCGAAGGCGCUCCUCUCCGUGCGCCGCUGUCACGCCGGCUUGCUGCGCCACGCCCACGCGUCGUCGUCGUCCAAGCAGAAAGCGCUCGCGCACGUAACGCCUCUCACGCCGGCGUUGCGCGAGUCGUACGUGGUGGAGGGGUCGUACGCGCGGCGGUGCGUCGCGGUGCGGGACGCCCGCGGGGAGGCCGUGGUGGAGGUGCGGCGGAAGGAGUCGCCGGUGGGCGACGAGGUGUUCCGGCUGGUGGUGCCGGACCCUCGCCGCCUUGGCACGCCGCUGGCCAUGGGGAUCGUCAUGGCCCUCGACGAGAUGUUCGGCAGCUCCGGGGCCGGCUGCUCCACCGCUCGAUCACUGCUGCCGAGGAGCUGGUCGAUGUAG